UACAAACCAAAAGAGAAAGCUCGAAAACCUCUCUUGCUUUCUCUCUCUCAGACCCUAACGCAUCCACACACACAUGGCGUCUGUGGUUUUGCCAUCGCCUUCGUCGUCUUCAACACCUUCGUCUCUGUUUUCUCGUUACUCGCUGAGCCAGAGGAGCUUCGUGUCCAAUGAAGCUCGUCCUCGGAUUUACCCGCCAAACGGUGUCAAAUGUGAACUUACUGAACCAGUUAAUGGAAAGCAUUGUGUACCAAUCCUUAAUGACCGAACGUUUACUAAGUUCUUGCAAUCAACACGCUUGGAGAAUGUAGUCAACAAGAGCAGCAAUACCAGACUUAAGAUAUUCUCUGGCACAGCUAAUCCUGCACUUUCUCAGGAAAUUGCUUGGUACAUGGGCCUUAACCUUGGACAAAUCAAGAUAAAGCGGUUUGCUGAUGGUGAGAUCUAUGUUCAGUUGCAAGAGAGUGUUAGAGGAUGUGAUGUGUACUUGGUGCAGCCUACCUGCCCUCCAGCAAAUGAAAAUCUUAUGGAGCUUCUUAUAAUGAUUGAUGCUUGUCGAAGGGCAUCAGCCAAAAACAUUACAGCAGUCAUUCCAUAUUUUGGAUAUGCUAGAGCUGAUAGAAAGACUCAAGGGCGUGAAUCCAUUGCUGCCAAACUAGUGGCUAACCUUAUCACGGAAGCAGGUGCAGAUCGUGUUCUGGCUUGUGAUCUUCAUUCUGGGCAAUCCAUGGGCUACUUUGACAUUCCUGUGGACCAUGUAUACUGUCAGCCCGUGAUUCUUGAUUACCUUGCCAGCAAGAAAGUUUGUUGUAAUGAUUUGGUAGUGGUCUCACCUGAUGUUGGAGGAGUUGCUAGAGCACGUGCUUUUGCAAAAAAAUUAUCUGAUGCACCUUUAGCCAUUGUGGACAAAAGGCGUCAUGGUCAUAAUGUUGCUGAGGUUAUGAAUCUGAUUGGUGAUGUUAAAGGAAAAGUUGCUGUGAUGGUGGAUGACAUGAUUGACACUGCUGGAACUAUUGCAAAAGGUGCAGCCUUGUUACAUGAAGAGGGGGCCAGGGAAGUAUAUGCUUGCUGCACCCAUGCUGUUUUUAGUCCUCCUGCAGUUGAGAGGCUGUCAAGUGGCCUGUUUCAAGAGGUCAUCGUUUCGAACACAAUUCCAGUAAUGGAGAAGAACUACUUUCCUCAGUUGACUGUUCUUUCGGUAGCAAACCUCUUGGGUGAAACCAUUUGGCGCGUUCAUGAUGAUUGCUCAGUGAGUAGCAUUUUCCAGUGAAUCGGACAGGUAGGAGAGAUUCAGGACAGUCCACCAAUGGUGUAAUCCUUCAUGCAGUCUUUCUCUCAUUUCUUGGUAAUUUGUACCCUUGGUCAUAAUUUAUUCUCUCCUUGCCCUUUCUCUCUUUAGCCUAUUGACUACAAGACUAACCAUAGACAACACCACCUCACCUCACCCCACCCCACCCCCAUCCCUGUUCUAUGAGGAGUGGAAAACACAUUGCUCUCUUAGUAGUCAAGGACUAGAUAAGCUGUGGGGUGGGUUUUUUUUUUUUUUUUUUUU